UUAUUUUCUUGGGAAAAAAAUUUAUAUUAGAGCAAUAUUUAUAAACUUUAAAAAGAUCAUAGAAAUAAUGUUGUGGCAAUGACCCUGGUGGAAGCGUUUAAGCGUAAUUGGCUUAUAGCUACAUUUGGCAUAAUAUUACUAUUAGUUGGUGCUUGUGUUUUAUUUUGGAAUGAGGGACGCGCGGUACACACAAUUAUGUCUCUUGACGAAGCUUUAGAUAUUGCGGUUACUUUGGAAGCUAAUACAGAUGAUAUCGAGCCCACCUACAAUGGACGCAUUGUUCAUAUAAUCGGGCCUCUCAUUAUUGGAGAGCCAUUAACCGAACCUGAUUAUAAUAUACAAGUAUUAGCUGUGAAAUUGAAAAGGCGUGUACAAAUGUAUCAGUGGGUGGAAGAGACUGUAGAACACAAUUUUGGUGAAAGUGUUGCGUCUGUUCAUACAGAAGAUCGAAGUUAUUAUUACAUACGCGAAUGGCGGGAUCAUUUAAUUGAUUCGCGUAACUUUUACAUACAAACUGGUCAUCAAAACCCCAGACAAUUUCCUAUAGAGUCUAAGGUACAAAUUGCUGAUGCAGUCUACGUGGGACGCUACGAAUUGGGUAACGAAAUUAAGGACAAGUUUAAAAGCUUUGUCGAGCUAACAUCGGACACGAGGCCAGAAGAUCCUUUUAUCAAAUUGCAUCUUGGUCUCUACUAUCACACAAAUGAUAUAUUUAAUCCAGAAAUUGGUGAUAUACGUAUACUGUUUACCUUCGCGGGCUUAGAAGGAGAAAUGUACACUAUUGUCGGGAAAUUGGAUAAAAACAAAAUUGUACCGUAUGAAACUAGUCGCGGUAUAGAAGUGCUAUUAGUAUAUCCAGGUGAGCACUCACUCACACAGGUCUUUAAAAUGGAGCAUCACGCUCAACGGUUAACAGCCUGGGCUUUUCGGUUCGUUGGUUGGAUUUUAGUUUUCUUUGGUGUUACUUGCACGUCAAAGUUGUUUCACAAGUUGUUGACUCAAAUACAAUUCCUUUCGGCUUUAGCACCCGAUCCUCAGUAUCCUGUCGGUACGAACGUAAUAUUGUCUUUGUCACUCACUUUAAUUAUAGCCUCGAUAGCAUGGAUUUUACAUCGUCCGAUGGUUGCAGCAGGCCUAAUUUGUGCGGCUGCUUCACCAUUUGUGUGGUUCGCGCGGGGCGUCAGCAUUUAUCAAAGAGUUGAUUAAUUUUUUGAUAUUGUCUUUUUGUGAAUAAUGAACAAAACUGGAAAUUUUGAGUAUUCAUGUCAUUUAGUUGUUAAUUAUUUGUACUCAUCAACACUAAGAAUGGUUCACAUAGUGUUUUCAUUUUCUACGCAAUUUAUAAAUAAUUUGGACUAACUCUGUCAUAUGUGGAAUCUUCAAACAAAAAAAAUUCGUGGACUUGUUCACACUUCGCCAAGUCUAAGUCCACACUUUUCAAAUGGAUGCCUUUUGAUCUCUGUCUUGAAAAUAACCUCAUCACGGGCGUUGGAUAUCAAUAGAUUCGGCACAAAUUGAUGACUAUGUUCUGAAAAUUGUCAAAAUAAAAACAAAACCCAAAAUAUGGGGAAAAAUGGCCGUCGAUUAUAUACACCAAUAGAUAGAACCAACUCAGACAUCAAUCAAUCAUUUUAUGAAAAAAUGUA